UGUCCCCACCCCCUCCUAAUCAUGUGAAUCAGGUGUUCCAAUCCCCUCCAUAUCAUGUGAUUCAGGUGUUCCAAUCCCCUCCAUAUCAAUCAUGAUUCAGGUGUUCCAAUCCCCUCUAUAUCAUGUGAUUCAGGUGUUCCAAUCCCCUCCAUCAUGUCAUGUGUGAUUCAGGUGUUCCAAGCCCCUCCAUAUCAUGUGAUUCAGGUGUUCCAAUCCCCUCCCAAUCAUGUGAUUCAGGUGUUACAAUCCCCUCCGUAUCAUGUGAUUCAGGUGUUCCAAUCCCCUCCAAUCAUGUGAUUCAGGUGUUACAAUCCCCUCCCAAUCAUGUGAUUCAGGUGUUCCAAUCCCCUCCAUAUCAUGUGAUUCAGGUGUUCCAAUCCCCUCCAUAUCAUGUGAUUCAGGUGUUCCAAUCCCCUCCCAAUCAUUUGAUUCAGGUGUUCCAAUCCCCUCCCAAUCAUGUGAUUCAGGUGUUCCAAUCCCCUCCAUAUCAUGUGAUUCAGGUGUUCCAAUCCCCUCCAUAUCACGUGAUUCAGGUGUUCCAAUCCCCUCCAUAUGAUGUGAUUCAGGUGUUCCAAUCCCCUCCCAAUCAUGUGAUUCAGGUGUUCCAAUCCCCUCCAUAUCAUGUGAUUCAGGUGUUCCAAUCCCCUCCCAAUCAUGUGAUUCAGGUGUUCCAAUCC